GUGGGUUUAAGCCAGUAUUGAUGGGCUACUUCUUUUGGGUACAAGUUGCAUUCUGUAUUCUCCACGCAGUUCACUUGUAAUCCUGUAAGGACUGUGGUGCAUCUUUAAGCAUGUACUUUUAUUUAACCAGAACAAAAAUUAUUCAUCAGUAAAGAAUAAUUAAACCACAAAGACGCAUGUGCUGUGCCCUGACUCAGACACAUAUACACCAGAAAACAGUAACCACUUCUCUUCCUGUUUCAUCUCAACUCAGAAACGGUAGGGCUCAUGUAAGACAAUGUGAGAGUCAUCAGCGCAUAUUACAUGUGCUUUAUCAAAACAGAAAAAUAGGAACCGUGGGAUAGUUUGAAACUUAAAGCGGACGCACGCGUGAUUCUCACACCGACAGCAGAAAAUGAAGCAUUUCGUCUUAAUGUGUCUUCUGUUCUUCAUUCACACAUCUCAGAGCCAAAUACACCAUCAGAGUUCCACUGAGGGAGCUGAUGUCUUUCUCAUCUGUAAACAUGAAGGGAAAGUGCAGUGGAGUAAAGGCAGAGAUGGAAAUAGAAAAGAAAUCCUCACUGCAGAAAGCAAGGAGGAGAUAAAAAAACACAGUGCAGAUCCUCAUAACCGUUAUAGUGUUCUUGAUGAUUUAUCACUCCACAUCAAGAAUGUUUCUCUGUCAGAUUCUGGAAUUUACUACUGUAAUGCAACAGCAACUGUGAAUCUGACAGUAACAGCAUCAGAUUUUUCAAAGCUAACUGCGUCCAGCAACAGUUCAACAGAAGCCACCACACCACCACCAGAGACCACCAGUGUAUCUGAAACCAGCAAUACUAACCACACAGAUCAACCCAAGUUAACAGAAGUUAAAGAGUUAUGCUGUAUUUUUCCAGCAACGCCUACAUCAGAUAACAUCAGUGUGACUACUUCCAGUUCUCAACUUAACACCACAGUCAGCUCAACAACAGAUUUGAGCAAAACAAGCGCAAGAUCAAGCACGAGAACUGAAGAAACCAACAAAAGAAAAACUAUUUUAUCAGCCACGUUGACCACCUCCAGAGCCACCACAUCGACAACAGAUUUGAGCCCAACAAGCAAAAGAUCAAGCACGAGAAAUGAAGAAACAAAAACAAAAACUACAGCAUCAGCCACGUCGACCAACUCCACAGCCAACUCAAUGCCAUCAAAAGAAUCUUUUUCAGUGUCCAUUAAGAUUGCUAUGGCGUUGUCAGGAGGUGUUGUUUUUGUAGUACUGGUGCUCUUGCGAUGGGCAUGGAUCAAAAGAAAAGCCGCACUUUCUAACAAGAAGGAGAAUAUCUACGAGACUGUAGAGGACAGUGAUUUUACUGCACAACCUGUUCCAUCGCAAAAACCAAAUGACGCCAUCUAUUACUUGGCUGGAGAUCCUGACAUAGUUAAACUUGGUCAAAUAAAAGAGACGGAUGAUCACACAUACACUUUGAUAUCACAGUCGGAGGAGAAUAUCACUGAGCAAGAAGAAGGUGUGCCUUUGUACUCUACCAUCGAAGUGGACACCAUUAACCAACCAUGAUUUUGGAGAAUAAAUUCAAAGAGCGAAUAUGAAUGUAUUGAAAUUUAGAACUGUGUUAAUAUUUUAUUUCAGUGAAAAAAGAGUUUACACUAACAUUGUUUGAUUUGAAAUGGUGUGUGUCAUAGAUUUAUGAAAAUAUAUCGUAGCUGUUUUCAGCUUCAGUUUUUUAUAUAUUAGUGGAUUUAUACUUUGAAAUGUGCUACUGCUUAAACUUAAUGCAAUUACAGUUUAUUCCUCA